AAGUGAGAGGCGGGGGCCCGACUAGACCUGGGGUGGAAUGGUUUCUCUACCUUGCUUAGGGUUCUCACUUGGCCUUCAGUAAGGGUCAAGACUCAGGGGCUUGUAGCAAAGCCGGCCUUUGCCUGAGGCCCCUAGGACCUCCGUCCCCCAAUGUCGGAGGUUCCCUCCCAGGAACCCGACACGUGAUGGGCGGGACAGCCCUCGCCGAGUACAAGAACCCUGUAAGUUCUGUGGCUCCGAAGAUGCCGCCCGACCUGCCCUCCCUGCUGCUGCGGCUUGUGCUGCUGGUGCUGCUGUCUCAGGCAGAAGGGAGAUUCACUCGCUCCUUCGUAGUGGAUCGGCAACAUGACAGGUUCCUCCUGAACGGGGUCCCGUUCCGUUACAUUUCUGGCAGCCUGCACUACUUUCGCGUACCUCCGGUACUUUGGGCCGACCGGCUCCUCAAGAUGAAAUUGAGCGGCCUCAACGCUGUGCAGUUUUAUGUGCCCUGGAACUACCAUGAGGCAGAGCCUGGGGUCUAUAACUUUAAUGGCAGCCGGGACCUCAUUGCCUUUCUGAAUGAGGCAGCUAAAGUGAACCUGUUGGUCAUACUGAGACCAGGACCUUACAUCUGUGCAGAGUGGGAGAUGGGAGGUCUCCCAUCUUGGUUGCUUCGAAAACCUAACAUUCGUCUGAGAACCUCAGAUCCAGCCUUCCUUGCUGCUGUGGACUCCUGGUUCGAGGUCUUGCUGCCGAAGAUAUAUCCAUUUCUCUAUCACAAUGGGGGAAACAUCAUUAGCAUUCAGGUGGAGAAUGAGUACGGUAGCUACAAGGCCUGUGACUUCAAGUACAUGAAACACCUGGCCGGCCUCUUCCGUGCAUUACUAGGAGACAAGAUCUUACUCUUCACCACAGAUGGGCCUCAUGGACUCAAAUGUGGUUCCCUUCAGGGCCUCUACACCACUAUAGAUUUUGGCCCAGCUGACAAUGUAACCAAAAUAUUUUCCAUGCUUCGGAAUUAUGAACCCCAUGGGCCAUUGGUGAACUCUGAGUACUAUACAGGCUGGCUGGAUUACUGGGGCCAAAAUCAUUCCACACGGUCCAGUCCAACUAUUGCCCAAGCCCUAGAAAAAAUGCUCAAGAUGGGAGCCAGUGUGAACAUGUAUAUGUUCCAUGGAGGCACUAACUUUGGAUACUGGAAUGGUGCUGACGAGAAGGGGCGCUUCCUCCCAAUCACCACCAGCUACGACUACGAUGCACCCCUAUCUGAAGCAGGGGACCCCACACCUAAGCUUUUUGCUAUUCGAAGUGUCAUCAGCAAGUUCCAGGAAAUUCCCUUGGGACCUUUACCUCCUCCGAGCCCCAAGAUGAAGCUUGGACCUUUGACUAUGAACCUGGAUGGGAAUUUACUGGCUUUCCUAGACUUUCUCUGCCCCCACGGCCCCAUCCAUUCAGUUUUGCCAUUGACCUUUGAGGCUGUCAAGCAGGACCAUGGCUUCAUGUUGUACCGUACCUAUAUGACUUACUCUGUUUUUAAACCAACACCAUUCUGGGUGCCAAAUAAUGGAGUUCAUGACCGUGCCUAUGUGAUGGUAGAUGGGGUAUUCAAGGGUGUUCUGGAGCGGAACUUAAAACACCAACUGUACCUGACUAUGAAGGCUGGGGCCAAGCUGGACAUACUGCUGGAGAAUAUGGGGAGGCUCAGCUUCGGGUCUAACCACAGCGACUUCAAGGGCCUGUUAGAGCCACCACUUCUGGGGCAGACAAUCCUCACCGAGUGGCUGAUAUUCCCUCUCAAAGUGGAUAAGCUGGUGAGGUGGUGGUUCCCCCUGCAGCUGGUGAAAAGAGCCCAGCCCGAAGCUCCCUCUGUCCCUGCCUUCUACUCCACGACGUUCUCAAUUGUAGGCUUACUUGGGGACACGUUUCUCUAUCUACCUGGCUGGACCAAGGGCCAAGUGUGGAUCAAUGGGUUUAACUUGGGCCGAUACUGGACAAACCGGGGCCCACAACAGACCCUCUAUGUGCCAAGACUUCUGCUGUUUAGCAGAUCAAUCAACAAAAUCACUUUGCUGGAACUAGAAAAUGUGCCUCAUGACCCAAAAAUCCAAUUUUUGGAUACGCCUAUCCUCAAUAGCACUUUGCAUUGGGGGUAUACCUAUGUUCUCUCAGAGCAACAAAAUUCCUAUGAACCAAUGGAGUUAAGUGGGCACUGAAAGAAAGAUUACCCUUGAGUCUGGGACACAGGGCAGGAUCCCUUGGUGCAGGCCACAGUGACCGUAAGAAUCAAAGGCUACAAUCCCUCUGAAUGUAAGUACACAUACAGUUUCCUUUCCAAACUUUACUGUGAUUAAAAUUCCAAAGACAGUCCUGGCUCCACACACCUCCGUGGCCCUGUCUUUGCCCUGGUUCCUGAGUGUCCUUCACCCCCAUCUUCCAAAUAAUGUUGAGCUUCACAAGAAGGAAAGAGAGCUCUACGUCUGGAUAUGUCCUCUCAGGGCCCACAGUUGGCCCCAGGUGGCUGUAAGAAAUCAGGAAGAAGGCUUCCCUGCCUGACUGCGAUGAUCUCGGAGGCAACGUGUGGAGCAGAAAGAGAAGUUGAGGUAGUGAAAGGGAACGAGGCCUUGGAGGGACACUCCACAACUCCAACAGCGCCUGAACAUAAGGAAGAAAAAAUGAGUGGACAGGUACUCCACAUCUUUCCCAUCUAGACAUUGCCCAGUCCUUAAAGGUCCCAGGGAAUCUCAAGUCCCCUCCAUGACCCUUCUGAACACCAUGAAGGCACUCAUUCCCCUUACCCACCCUUUAACUCAUCCCCUGGCCCCGUACCCGGCAUUGACAACUGCAGGGUCAGGAACUGGAGAGCAAGGGGUUCCCAACUGGGCAGCAAGCCGGCGUUCUGCAGCCAGAGCUCUCUGCAAAACAGAAAAGCUGUAACAGACAAGUCCCAGAGGUGAACAGCAUGCAGCUCCAUCUGGGGACGGGAGGUAGGCUCUUCUGGAAGCCUUGUAGCGCAAGAGUCUACAGCCUCACCUUCUCUCGGUCACUGAGGGCAGCAAAUCGCCGUCGCUCUUCUAGCUCCUGUUCUUCCUGCUCCUUCUGCUUUAGCUGCUGUUGCUCCCGUCGCCGUCGAGCUGCCUUCUGCUCCUUUUUCCUUGUAGCCUGCCGGGCCUCCAUCUCUUGAGUCAGUGGCCCUGGAACCUGGAGGAUUACCCAAAGACACUGUAAAACUACAAGGAAGUAGAAAGGACCUGAUGAGAAUCUAGGAUGCCCUCCCACUCUGUAGCUCCUUUUCCAGCUCACCCGAGCCUUGUUAUAAUCAUAGGCAUCAAGAUUCUUUUCCAUGAACCUUCGGAAUUCAUUACGCGUUGAUUUGUCAGCUGCUACGGUAUAAGGUGGCCGAGCCCUAGAGUCCCUAAGGACAAAAACACAAAACUGAGUUCAACUUGCCUCCUGUUUUUCCUGGCAUCACCCAAGGAUCAAGUGCCAACAUGAGCUACCAUGUUAUGCUCUCUAUAUACCUAAACUGGCUCAGGGUGGAGAUACUUACUGCACAGUGGGGUCAGCACCUGCCUCCAAAAGCAGACGAACUACUAAGCCUCUUCCAGCUGCGGCUGCAGCAUGCAGGAGAGUAAAGCCACCAGAUCCCAAAGGGGCAUUGAGUAGGGACGUAACUCCAGGGUCUACAGGCCCAGUGGCUAGUUGCAGCUUUAGCACCUCAACCUCCCCAGCUCGGCAAGCAGCUAGAAGCGUAUCCCAGAGCUCUGGCUGACCAGCGGCUUUAGCCUCAUCAACCAAAGUGUCCACUGGGGUCGUAACCACUUGGGCUGGCUGUGAGAAUGGCUCAUGUUCUUGAGGUUGCUGAAGAGGAGUCACAUGUGCCCCACACUGCUGGUCUUGAUUUCUCUCCUUUUUCCUCCUCCUCCGCUUGGGCAAUACCUCAAAUUCACGAAGAUUGAGGGUCCCCAGUGUCAAUUCUACUAGCUCCAACUCUACUUGGGAACCUUCUUCUUCCUGAGACUCUGAACCUAGGAAAAAAAUAUGACAUUAGAUCUACAUAAGGACUAGGGAGAGGGUGUAGAUGUGGGUGCCCUCGGAUUUAUAAAAAGAUAUUCCAGAUCAUCCUGAAA